AUGUACAUAGAAGGUACUGGCUACACUGAGGGAGAAGGGUGUGAACAUCAUCAAACAAUCGAGCAGCACUUUGCCUUUUGGGAUAAUGACAAGUACACAGUGCUUAAGGCGCUAACAGCUAGUCAAACUCUCACUGUUGAACUUUCCUCUCUGGAAGGUGUGCUUAAUCUCAUACACACUGACUUUAUUCAUUUUCAUAAGGAAGAGCGCUCAUAUCUCGACAUUCUGAAGGAACCCCCUAUCAAGGAUCAUGUCAACACCACUAAUUGUGCCCUUGUGGAUAUUUAUAUUGGCAGCUUUCAGGAAAUGCACAUUGCCAUCAAUCAGGCUUGGAUCCGAGUUGGUGGAGCAUAUUCAAAGCUGCAAAAUACAGAAGCAAUGACCUCACACUUAAAAAUUCAACUUGGGAUUGACAAACAAUGGGAGAUCAGCAGUGAACCCUACAGUCAAUUCCGUCAAGAAGCUUCACUUUUGACUUAUUGCACAGCACUCAAUGACUUAGAACGACUCAUCAUCAUGCAUCUAUUUGAGUUAUUGAAACUCUUACUUUCAGGCAUAGAUAUUGUGGAGUACAGUUUUCUGGGCGAGUUUGAUCUUUUGUGUCAGUCUCGUUCUGACAUCCACACUUUGGAUUGGACCAAACCUGCUCAUUGCGAAGCUACAAAAUACCUAAAAUUAUCCACACUAUCAAUCACUAGAAACAAUUUGAGCUGA